AUGAGCAUCACAGAUGUCCUUAGUGCUGAUGACAUUGCAGCAGCCCUGCAGGAGUGCCAAGACCCGGAUACUUUUGAACCCCAAAAAUUCUUCCAGACAUCGGGCCUCGCCAAGAUGUCAGCCAGUCAGGUGAAGGACGUUUUUCGUUUCAUAGACAACGACCAGAGUGGGUACCUGGAUGAAGAAGAGCUGAAGUUUUUCCUCCAGAAGUUUGAGAGUGGUGCUAGAGAACUGACCGAGUCAGAAACCAAGUCCUUGAUGGCGGCUGCAGAUAAUGAUGGAGACGGGAAAAUUGGGGCUGAUGGUAUGUUCACACCUGUACACGGCAUAAGAGACUUUAGCUCAGGCAGCAUCUGGGGCAGGGAGCUUAGGCCAUGAGAUCAGACAGAUAUGGGUUAAAAUCUCCCUUUCUUAACCUUGCUGAGCCUCAGUCUUCUCAUCUACAAAAUAGAACUAAAGUGAGGAUGCAAAUGAUGUAUGUCAAGACUCUGGCAUGAUGCCUGGGGAUGUACCAUAGAAGCUGGUCCCACUGGUCACUGUCUAUGAACCAGAAAAUACUCUUCACCUGACCAGGAUACUAGCUACUUUCCUGGCCAAUUAUUUGCAAGACACCCUAAUGCACCCUGAAAAUAAUGUAAGGAAUCUCCACCAGUGGGAUGUGAGUCUCUCUGAAUAAGGGAAGGACUGACAUUCUCAAGUAUGUCUCAUAGUAAAGAGUCCACUGACUUGAGUAGGAAAGCCUCUUAGCUUUCAAGGGUUUAAACAAAUACAUUUUAUUGGCAGUAGCCCGAAAUAUUAGAGAACAAAUAAAUCAACCAUCAUUUAUGCAGUCUUCUGUAUGCAGAGCCUUAUACUCAAAUUUUAGCAUAACUGCAUGGCUGUAGGAUUAUGUUUAUCUGAUUUUGUCAUGUUGCUUACAUGAUUUUCACCUACUUUGUGCAUGUCAGCUCAGGAGAACUUACAUGUGGUUCUUAUGGUGGUACUAAUUAAAAUGUAAAACUGCUACUUUAGAACUUCAUUUUAAAAAUCUAUUCAAGAUGAUACCACUAUAACUUACUACAUGGGACUUAACGCACCUUGUAUAGAUAGGUCAGAAAAAUAGGUGAGGGAAAGUUGAUUUAUUUA